AUGGAGGAUUACUGGUCCACAAAUCCACUGAUAGAGACUCAAAUAUUUUCCAAAACAAUGAGCCGCAAUAGAUUCAGGCAAAUAUUGACAUACAUUCAUUUUGCAAACAAUGCUAAUACACCUACCAAUGGUAACCGACUCUUCAAAAUACAAUACCUAAUCGACUAUUUCUCCAAAAAAAUUGAAGAAAAUUUCAAUCUUUCACAAAACAUUUGUAUUGACGAAGGUAUGAUACCGUGGCGCGGAAGGCUUAACUUUAAUACUUAUAAUCCAUCCAAAAUUAUCAAAUAUGGUAUCCUUAUUCGAAUGCUAUGCGAUUCUGCUACUAGAUAUAUUUUGAGCUUUAAACUUUAUUGUGGCGUUGGACAAAGUCUAAACACCACGAUAAUGGAAUUAUUGAGACGUUCCUUUGGAAAAUGGCACCAUUUCUAUAUGGACAAUCUGUACAAUAGUGUUGUCCUCGCAAAAGAACUACUAUUUAAACAAAUCCGAGUGUGUGGAACAAUUAGGCGUGACCGAGAACUACCAGAUUCUUUAAAAAAUGCGAAGUUGAAAAGAUCGGAAACUUUGUUUAAGCGACAAGAAGAAAUACUUUUGCAGUUGUGGCAAACCUUGAAAAACAGAGUUGUCCGAAUGAUAUCUACAAUUCACAAUGCCGAAUUUGUGGACAGUGGAAAGAUUUGUAGAAAAACUGGCCGAGCGAUUCAAAAACCCGGAUGUAUUUUUGAUUAUAAUCAGCAUAUGAAAGGAGUGGAUCGAGCUGAUCAAUAUCUUAGUUAUUACCCCAUAUUCAGAAAGACUCUAAAGUGGUUUAAAAAGGUUGCAUUGUAUCUAUUUAACUGCGGUUUGCUCAAUGCUUUUAAAGUAUAUAGACAUAUGAACGAAAGUUGUGGUAAAACUCGGGAAUUUCGCGACUUCCUGCUGCGUGUAGCAAGAUAUUGGAUACAACACAGAGACAUCGAAGGGAAUUUUACAAAUCCCACAACAUCGACUCAUCAUCAUCAGGAUCCACUUCACAGACUUUCUGGAAAUUUAAAACACCACCAAUUGAUUACAAUUAGUCCAACUAAUAUACGUAAAAGAAGAAGAUGUCACAUAUGCUAUUCACAUCGUAAGAGAAAAACCACAAGAUUCAUGUGUAAAACUUACAAAUUUUUUCAACCUAAAAAAUGUUUACAAAUUGUGCGGACGGCCAAGUGUUUCUUCCAAAAUAUUGCCGGCCACUGGCGACGUUUCAUUGCGCAAACGUGCGGUUGUAUAAGUGUUAAGAGACUCGACACGGACAGACUGACAGAAAAACUAGAGACGGAACCUGACCCUGCAAUGGAGAUCCCCUGUGACAUCGGGGGUAGUGAGACGUCGGAGAGUGGCAGUGACUCAGCUCGCGGGGGGAAAAGCUCCGGAACCGGACGGCAUCCCGGCGGAAGUUCUCGGGAUAGUUGCAAGGCUACGACCGGAGAUCCUUCUCAGCCUGUACAACACAUGCUUGGAAGUGUUUAG